AUGGCAAUCGACGCUGACGCCCUUCCACUGCUGCCUGGCCACCAACACAAGACGCUCGACUUUGGAUCAGCCGGAGUGACAGCCAGCCUGUCCCAGUACGGGCGCUUUCUCUCCAUAUUCUCCGCGGACCCAAUCCACGGUCAGGUGGUGGUCGCCCCAUGGGAACAGUUCCCAGAGGACAAGCUCUACGACCAGUCCUAUGUGAGGCAGUAUCGAGCCCUCCCCGUCAAGGCAGCUGUCGACCAUGAGGCUGGGUUUGGCAUGUCCCUAGCCGUCGGGGGUGACGAUAGCGCCGCGACAACCUCGGAGAAGAAGUGGUCGUUCGCCGAGGGCUCGUGGCCGACUUCUCGCGCCAGUGUCGACAGCGUCACGACGAUUGAGCAGUACGUUGUCGCCAAUGGCAUGGUCUUGCACACGAUCCGUGCCACCAACCACGGCGACACGGCCUUGCCUGUCACAGCUUCGUUUGGCGGCCUGUUCAGCGUCCACCGCGCACCUUACACGCAGCUCACCCCACAAGGUAUCUGCACCAUUCCCGACUUUGACAACACCCUCGUCGCUGGCAAGACACUUGUGAUCCACAACCGCCAUCUGGGCGUCACGCUGCAGGCCGGCUGGUAUGUCGACGAUGAACUCCAGCCGCUGGAUCCCGUGUCGUUGAACACCGACACUGGACCGCUCGAGUAUCGAUGCGCUACCACAUGCUACAUUGCGCCAGCGGAGGAACGCGUCUUCUCCGUAGUGUACAGUCUUGGCCGCUCGGCAGUCGCCGACCUCGAGAGCCUGCCUCUUCCCCGCGACCUCGCUGCCAGCGCUAACUCGUCACUCCAAGGCCUAUCGUUCCCGCGCCUCGCGGCGUUUCUCGGCGGAGGCGACCGCGGCGACGCCCUGGCGUACAUUGUUCUCCGCAACGUCGACUAUCUCGUGGGCUGCUGUGCCAUUCCUGUAAAGGACGUGGACGGGGACAAUGACCGCGGCGUGUGCAUCAUUGCCGACCACCAAUGCCUGCCACUGGGCUGGAACCGCGACAACUACUGGCAGCUGCGGCUCCUGUACGACCUGUACCCUCACCUCAACGCCGUCUGCGUUCCGGGCGCGGCCGAGAUGGCGCGCCGGCGUUUCCACCACAUUCUCAAGGCACACCUGCGGUGGGUGUUUGACACGGCACAGCGCCCCCACGGGUACUGGGCGCGGUCGUUCUUUGUCAACGGCGAGCCCAAAGACGCCGUUUUCCAACUGGACCAGCAGUGCUACCCGCUCCUCGAGCUCGCCGAGUAUGCCGCGCACUUUGCCUCGCCCGACAGCCCCGACGCGGAUGCAGAGCUGGCGUUCAUCAGCAAGCUGGCGACGGGCAGUGUCGACACGGUCCUGACCAUGCUCCGCGACCACCAGUGGUCAGGCGACGGCAACGGUGACAGCGAUGGCGAGCAGCUGUGGCUGUUCAAGACGGACGAGACGCCGGCCGACGACGAGGUGGCGUUUCCAUACCACUUUUCAAGCCAUGUAGUGUUAUGGCGCACCUUGUCGUCGCUCGCCAAGCUCCAACGGGCCGUUGGCCCCUGCGUCAUCUCCACACCCGUCGACGAGUGGGCAACGCGCGUCCGCAACGACACCUUGAGCCACUUCGUCACCACGCACCCGACGACGGGCAAGAACAUGUUUGCAUACCUCACCUCGACGACGGGACAAUACCAGUUUUACCACGACGCAAACGACCUGCCCACGGCCCUGGCGCCCAGUUGGGGCUUUUGCGCCCUCGAUUCACAGACGUGGCACAAUACCCUCGCGUUUGGCUUCUCGACGGCCAACACGGACGGGUUCUACCCGGGAGGCAAAUACGGCGGCCUCGGGUCAGUGCAUACGCGCGACCCAUGGCCGCUGGGCGAAGGACAGCGGCUGGUCAUCAAGGCACAGCUGCACCAGGACGUCAGCGAGGUGAUCAAUAGACUCCUCGUCCAGGUCCAGUGGGAUGGCCUGUUCUCCGAGGCCGUGGACAGACACACGGGCGUCGUCACGUCCAAGCACUGGUUCUCGUGGCCGGGCUCGUUUGUGUCGUCCGCGUUGAUCAACUACCGCGACCGAUACUAG